AAUGUUUAUUUUUCUGUUGUUGACAUUUAGGACGUUGACACUAUAGUUAGAAUUUUUGACUUUAACAAAUGAUUAUCAAAAUGUUUUAGUUUUCACUAACUUUACAUGAAAUUAUCAUCUAGUUUUUACAUUUAUAACAGUGGGACGUUUAGACUGCCUAUAUCUUUUUAAAUAUAAACCGGUUUCUUCAAUCAUGGCGUAUCAAACAUUGCGUCAAGAAUAUUUCCAGAUACCGGUUGUAACUCGUGCGUAUACAACAGCAUGUGUUAUCACAACAUUAUCGGUACACCUGGAAAUAGUGACCCCUUUUCAGCUCUACUUCAAUCCUAUCCUAAUUCUUAAACACUAUCAAUUAUGGAGAUUAGGAACAACGUUUCUGUUUUUCGGAACCUUUGGUUUUAAUUUUUUAUUCAAUAUGAUAUUUACGUACAGGUACUGCCGCAUGCUAGAGGAAGGUUCGUUUCGUGGGAGGAGUGCUGAUUUUAUAAUGAUGUUUUUAUUCGGAGGUGUUGUUAUGAUUGUAUCCUUUUGUAACUUUUUAAUGUUAAGUCCAUCAAUCGCUGAGUUAAGUAUACGAUAUUUUGGAGGAGCGAAAGCAGCGGUUCUCAACCUUUUUUGUCCGCGUACCCCUUGGUGCUAUUUGCCAAAUCACUUGUACCACCUGGCUUGGAAUGUUCUUGCAGAGUGGGAAGAGUAG